CCCUGCCGGCCCGUAGCCGGCGGAAGUGCAAGACCGGAAGUUGCGUAAUCCUCCGGCGCCGACACGGGGUGUUGGGCGAGGCCUUGAGGUUUCCGAGGGUGCUACUAUGGCUUCCAGUGGGAUCGGCGUGAGCGCCCCGGCCGCGGCAAAUGAAGCUCCCGAAAUUCCGGACAACGUGGGAGAUUGGCUUCGGGGCGUCUACCGCUUCGCCACCGACAGGAACGAUUUUCGGAGGAACUUGAUCCUCAAUUUGGGACUUUUUGCUGCAGGCGUUUGGCUGGCCAGGAAUCUGAGUGAUAUCGAUCUAAUGGCCCCUCAGCCAGGGGUAUAGCCAAAUAGACACAUGGAACUCCCUGUGCUGUGCUUGAACCGUCCAAAAACAGCCUCCAGUCUUUAACCAUCACAAGACUUUCCCUGAUGGAAGUUGAAGUUUCAUUCAGAGGGGCACCUUCCCUCCCCGAUUGCCUUUUCUUCGUUGAGCCCCCUCAGAACUCCGUCCUCUGGUCAGCAGUCAGCUUUCAAAGCAUUGUCCUCUGUUCUGUAAAGUUCUGUACAUAGUUCCAAAGUUUCUGCAGGGGGUGGUUUUUGCUUUUGUCCUGAGUGAAAUAACGUAAUGGUAUUUUAACAAAUAUUUGGAAUAAAGAUUGCACACAAAGACA